UGAUAAGUAGAGACAUUGCGAAUAGCGUAGUUUUUCACUUUAUAUUGUAAGCAUGAGAAGGGCUUUUAACAUUUUACUUUGCCUCUGUCUUACCAUAGCAAUCUGGGAGUUGUAUGUGAUGUGGGGUUCAUUGCCUGAAGUUCUUGGAUCAAUCAAACCUGUGGCAGGGCAUGGCGUUGUUACCAAUCGGAGCAUGGGAGAUAUGGAGAGUCCAUAUAGGGAGAGAACAGAAUCAAGCGACGCCAGGCUUAACACUACUCACCGGCUAACGUCUCUAAAUGACAGUAAUCAUGGCGCGGGAAGAGUGAAAACUAGGAGUAAUUUUACUGCCAUACUCAACUCGAAUAAAAAUGAAAGAAACCAAUCUCGGAGUUUAAAACAACAUAAAUCAGUCCAAGUGAACGGACAGAAGAAUGCUACGAAUCAACCCGAAUAUAGAAAAACUACGCCAAGUAAGGCAAUAAAUAAACACGAACAGUCGGAAAGUGGUUCAAAAAAAACCAAAACUCAACAGGGCAAAUCGAUAUCAAAUAAAACAAUUACUGAGAACGACAUUCGACAAAACUCAUCUAAGAUUAAAAUGACAGAAGAAAGAAAUCUGACGGAACUAAAACAUGCUGGCGGAAAGGAGUUACCGAAUUCAGAUAAAAACGUGGUUCCACCGAAAGAGUCCCAUAUUCAGAAAGUUACGACUCCAAACUUGUCGGAGAAAACAUAUCUAUUUCCUUUACACUACGAUUACAAUGGUCCCAAUGUGCAGUAUAGUUCUUUUCGUUUUGGGGUUGCCUUUGCAUUAACGUACAACCGGACGGUUGUGGAAAACUGGUUUAGUACGCAUUGGACUACGGGAGCAAAGCAAAUACGCUACGUUAAUGAGACUUUUGACAUGGCUAAACUUCAAGAGAUUGUUGACGUGGCAAGUGUGAAUGAAUUUAAGGAGGCCUGCAAUAGUACGGUCGAUGCAUUACUUAUGCACCCUUACCAUCGAAUGGGUGGUAGGACAAAAGCACAAUAUCUUGAGCGAUUUUUGUGGAAACAAAAGGGUCUAGAAAAAAGAUACGCUAUUACAUUACCGGGACCUUCCCACAUACCCCAAUCCAGUGAGGAAGCAGAAGCGCUAUUGUUAAAUCCUCCUAAGACAAAAUGUCUUGGUGUAUUAGAUCCAAGUAUUGAUACAAAAUGGCUGUUUCCUGCUCUGACGAAGCAUUUUGAUACAGUUAAUACUCAUAUUGUGUCUCCGCCAAAUAUAAUGAAAAUGGUUGACGAAGUGGAAAAGAAACUGUGUGACGGCGAUCCCUUUGUGGCGAUGCAUUGGAGAAAUAGAUCCGGAGAAAUGUGA